UUUGAACGUUGGUAACGCGUUCGAACUAACGAUUGCUUUCGUUGGUGUCGUUGGAUUAUUAAAUAAUUUACUGUUUUGUGUUUUAUUCGACACAUAAACGGCAUUUUAAGCUUUUUAAUGUGAAAUAAAACGUUCCUAAGUUAAUAGUUUGGUUUCCGUUUUUUUUUUGUUCGUAAUGGCCGACACUGCUUCCUUACAUCUUUUACAGCAUUGUGUCCACUUCUGAAUGACAAAGGAGCCUCAUUGCCUGUGUUAGCAUUCCCCCUCAUGACGAGAAAAUGUCGUCGUUUUAUUAUAGGUGUUAAAUAAAAGACAAUACUCUGUAACAUGCUGGACUCAAUCAGGUUUCUUGGUGUUUAAAAGUCACGUUACAGUCAGUUUACAGAGCCUGUUUUGUACGGCAGCCCUGUCGUUCUUUGUUCUCCCUGCACUAAAGAUGGAGGCUGAACGUGGCUCUGUUGUGAAGACAGCCUAUGGCAUGCCCACGAAGCCAAGGGUGUUAAAUGACUGAAUCCAUGCUUCUUGCUGGAAAAUCUGUGUCAUGGAUGAUGAGGACGAUCGCCAUCUUCUGGAUAUUUUAGGAGAUGUGGAUGCAUUGAAUGACUAUCUCCAUGGUAGCAACAGCAAGUCUAUUGAGGAGGAUGAUGUAAACAAUGCAGCUUAUGGGUCGGAUGGAUCCUUCUUUUCUAGUGACACCGCUGGCUCCAACGCUGGCCUCAAGGAUGGCUCCUCUACAAUGGGUGAAUUCGGCGAGGAUUCAGCAGGGGCAGGCCUCCAGCUCUCCAGCAGCCUUUCAUUUAUCGAGGAUGAAUUGGGGUCUGGGAAUUCCCCUGGAGGGGUGGAUCUUGGGGGAGAGGACCAGCCCUUUGACAUCCUCCAGAAGUCUCUCAUGGAGGCUGACAUCACGGAACAGACGCUGGCCCAGGAGGCCUUACUAGACUCCCAGCCUGCUCCCACUCUGGUGCAGGCUCCUGUUCCCUUCCCCUCCCAGCUGGUUUCUGGGGGUUAUGGCGGAGGAGUGGGUGUGGUGACCACGGCGACAGCUGCUUUCCCCACAGGCCAGUUCCUGCAAGGGGUGUCCCAGCUGCCCAAUGGUUCUGCCCAGCACAUACAGGUGUUGGGCUCGUUUGGGGCUGGCGGUGGCGUGAUGACUCUGAGCAGCUUGGAGAGAACUCCUCAGCUUGUGCUGAGGGCGGGGGCGCCUGUAACUGCAGCGGGGACAGCAGCAGGGGGGCAGGUGUUUGCUCCUACCCAAGGCCAAGUUGGUUUGCCUUUCAAAAACAUCCCCCUUCAAAACAUCAUCAUCCAGAGAGGCCCGGGAGGGACCCAGACUCUUGUCAGACCCAUUCAGCCUAAACCUCUUCAAGCUGGGGCUCAGACUGUCUACAGCCUUGGUCUUCAGCCCACUCCCACCACCCUUGCAAAUGUAGUUAACGCUAACACUGCUUCUCCUGGGGGACAGUACACAGCCAAUGGCUCCAUUGUAGUGCAGCCGCCCCUGGAGCAGCAACAAGCACAGGCCCAGACAAAUAUACCACCUGGGCAGUACUUGCUGCCCAGCUCUUUGGCACUCACUCCGGCCAGCUCCAUCCACAACGGCCCCGCCGACCCCAACUCAAACACCCUCAUUACCAGUCAGAAUGCGGUGCAGAUUGUUGCAGGGCAGAACUUCACCGCACAACCAGGAGGCCAGCUAAUAUUGAAUCAGGGAGUAGUCAACAGGAGUCAGGUGGGAGGGGGUGUAACUCAAACAUGGACCGGAGUUUCAUGUGCGAACCCAGCCCCCGUACAGACAUCAUGCGCUCCGGGGCGGCUGACUCUGGUUGGCCCAGCGACGGCGGGGAUCGGCGGUCAAGGCCAAGUGUCGGCAAGCCCUGUUCAGCGCCUUCUAGUGACUCAAACUCAGAAUUGCACUUCUCUGUCCCCUUUAGCUGGUACUGUGACGCAGGAACAAGACUACAGACAGAAUUCUUCAUCACCUGCCCUCAAACAGGUGCAGCUCAGCAGCAUCCAUGCCAUGACAACCAUGACUCAAGAUUCAAAGCUGAACUCACAGGUCAGUGCUCAGAAGAGACCGGCCCUUCCGCCACUUACAAGAGGAGAAAUGAUUUUACAACAGCUGAGGAAGGAUCACGCUGGAGUUCAGACCCCGGAUCAGCGUCGAUUCAAUUCAAUCAAUGAUGCACUGCAAAGACUCCUCCCUUACCACGUGUUCCAGGGGGCUCCACCCAGCCAGGAGGAGUUCUCACAGGUGGAUGAAGAAUUUGAGGUAGUUGCAGCCCAAGUGCUGAUGAGGACCCACGCCAUGGUCAACAAAUACAGACGGCUACUAAUGGUGGAAGCUGAGCGUUCCAGUCCGUCUUCAGAAAUGGUGAUGAUCGACAGGACCUUCAACCAAGAGGAGCGCAGCAAUCUGACACAAGACAAACGCAUGGUACUUGUGGAUCCAGACACCUUCAUGGAGGACUUCUGUUGUGGGAUGAAAUCUAAACUUUUCCAAGAACCCCUCCCCUCUCAGUCGUCGUCCAGCUGUAGCUGGAAUCAGUCAUCAGACAGAGGCUCUACAGAGCCGCCAUACAGGACAGACUCUCAGCCCGGGUACGGAGACCCGGGAGGAGGUGGAGCUGCAGUACCAGGUGCAGCAGAUAGACUCCACCCUCCACUCUUAGAAAACAAGAGUGUCCUGGAACUCAAGAGAUCCCAGCAACACUAUGGGUCCAGCAGCGCCAGCAACAACAGCCUCACCGCUGCCAACAGUUAUCCCCAAGGUAACCCCUCAGCUUUCGCAGCAUCGUCAAGAGGACAGACGCACUACCAGGUGUCUCACCACCUGUCCUCACCCCCGAUCCAGCCCCAAUACCCCCCGCAGCUUGCCUCACCCCCUCACCCCGACACAGACUCUGCUCUGGAGGCGGCAGUCAACAGCAUCUUGGAAUGUUAAGACUGAUAUCAUCCCUAAUGUAUGGUUUCAACUUCUUUUUUUUGUUGUAAAACUCUCCUGUUGUAAUAUUUGUCGCAUUCCCCCACAACCCAGUGUGAAGAGAGGCUAACUCUUCUUUCAGGUCUGUUAUCUUUGUGAAACCAUCUCCGGCCAUGUAGCAUGUAUUUAGUUUGUUUUGUUUUAGUGUUUUGGGGGGGGGUUGAGGCCUGACUCAGGAGCCAGAGUCUCCAUCAAGGUGCCAGGUGAAUGCAGGCACUUAAACUUACCUAUAAAGAUCCGGGAAUGUGUGCAAUGCAACGGACUCACAGAUGGAAAAUGUUCUUUUCAAUUUAAAGUUAUUUUAAAGGGGUAGGGUCCACAAUUUCAGUAGCUUGAAUAUAAGAGUGUCCCUCUCUUCACACACAGGAAUUAUUAAAGGGAUAGUUUGGAUCUUUUGAAGUGGGAUUGGAUGAGAUCCUUAUUCAUAGUCAAUGUAGCACAAACAGUAGAUGUUGGUGGGCACACCCCCAGUUUAGAGAAGCAGGCUGGAGUCUGACAUGGAAACUAAGCAAUGUACUUCUGUGCAGCAAAACGUACUUUAGCCACCUAAAAAAAAAUCAAUAUCAUUGAGUGUGCGCUAUAUUAAGAAUAUUUUCACCUCUUUACCUUGCUGUCAGAUGGCAAUAUUCGAUGGGACACUGAAGCUGUUAGAUUGCUUUCAACAAAGCCAGAAUCUAUUUACGAAAACAGUCAUUUUAACCUGUUGAACACAGAAACUGCUGGUCUACCACUGCCUUAGUCAGUUUUAAUUGUGUCAUUAGUCCUGUUACACUGCCUGUUCAAUGGGGAACUAUCGCGCCCUUAUGUUGCCUCGCCGUUCUGUAUAAAAGCUAUGAUCAAGGAAUGGAGCUUGCAGGUAGUAGCAGCACCAAGACAACGUCUAUGUAAAAAGGGGCAGCUGGCAGGGCAGAACAGGUGUGACGUUUUGAGGGUAUGUGCGCAACCCACUCUGUGAGGUUUAAAUACCAACUGAUAGCAGUUAGCAGCUAACUUGAAGAAAAACAGUGGCCGAACAUGUAUGCAAAUUGGAAAAAACAAUAUGAUCUGGGAGCUCCUUAUGCUUCAAGCGGAGGACGAGAUCAGUCACCAUAAAACAGGGAUGGUAAAUAAUUGUUAGUGCCAUGUUAUGCUAUUUUUCUUGUUUAUGAAACACUGCCAACACGUAUGUUAUGUCACACUAGAAGCUGAUGAUGUUGAGUUAAAUGUCAUGACCAUCAUGCCUCUUUUGCUUCUGAGAUGCGUGAAGAAGUGACCUCAUAGUGGCCCUAAAAUGCACAAACUAACUACACGAUGGAGGCAGCAGUAGACCAGCAGCUCCUGUGUUCAGCAAGUCAAAAUUAGUUUUGUCAGUGGAUUCUGGCGGCUUUGACGAGAGCAUAUAUGGGCAACUGAAGCUAUUAACGGCUUCCCCGUCAGAAUGGGCUGUCUGAGACAAACGUCAAGCGAACAAAACUCUAAAUAUAGCGUACAUUUAAAUUCUGGAAGUAUUUUUUAGGUGGCUAAAAUAUAUUAUGCUGCUGCCCUCGUCCAAAGUACUUUGCUUAGCUUCUGUGUCGAUACUCCAGGCUGCUUCUCCAAACUGGGUGCGUGUAAUACACUGACUGUGCAUUAGUGCCUCAUACAACCCGACCUCAGAAAAUCCAAACUGUCCUUUUAAUAUUUAGUGCCAGUUAAUUUCCCCCACCACCUAUGCUGAAGAACAGGGAGGAGAGACAAAACGACGACUCUGUGCCUAAUUCUAGGUUUUUAUUUUGAAGUGUUUACAUGAAGGAGCUCUAUUCAAAAAUAUCCACUGACUUAAAUUACAAACAUGCACAGCGCGCACACACACGCUUUAGUACAAAGUAGAUUCCGAGGCAUAGAGACACAUUCACAUAGACGAAUUGCACUAAAUGUACUGUCGCUCAUUUCAGGAACUAUCCGAACACGUGGCUCUUGUUGACAUGCAGUGUACGCUAGGCUAAACCGAAUGUGAAUAUUUGGAACAGAACCAAAAUCUAUUGGCUUGCUUUCAGCUGCCUGCAACAAGGAUAACCUCUUACUCACACUAGAAACCAGUCAAACUAGUCACACAGACAUACAGUAGUGUUACCGUACUCUGCAAUGCUUUUUUUUCAUGUGCUCAAGUCACAUUUUCUUUGGCGUUUUUUCUUUUGUACCUUAAAGGUAUGCAAGCCCCGACACACAGACACAGGACGAAUACUCAACCACUUCUAUCAUUUCACAGUGUGUUUGUGUCAAGGGGAGCUUAGUCCUCAGAUUGAGGAAGAUAUGUUACAGUAUGAUCCUUUUUUAAUUUAGAUUUUUAUUUCCUCAUUUAUUUUUUAGAAAUGACAUUAAAAAAGACAACUGUUUUUGUUUGUUGUAACGUGUUCCCCAGCUCUGUGAAGAUUACAAUAUCGUCUAUAGUUUAAAUGAUCCUGGAGGGUCGCUGAUUGUACGUAUGUUGGUCUGCCUUCUGCAUAUAUAAUUAUAUAUUGAUCAUAUCA